AAGCACUAUAGCAACGGGGGGAGAAGCGUUGCGGGGGGUUGCGGGGGGUUGCGCUGGUUUCUGGAUCUACCCAAAUACAGACCCACGCACACAGAUGCUGCUAUAUUACUUCUUUAAAAAAUAAAAAAAAAGAAGGGCCGCAAUAUGCCCAGCAAAUCACAUAUAAGCGGCGGGGAGUAGGGAAGCGCGAUAGCAUAG